UGAAUUGUCAUCCAUUGUCUUGUGUAGUAAUACGGAUAGGGAUGGAACUUGUGAGAGUUUGUCUUGAAGAAAAGAAUGAUGAUAUUUCAUCAGUUCCACCAGCCUCUACUAGAGCCAUUCUAGUUGAAAAGGGAACUGGGUUGGCCAAUGAUGAAAGUUCAAAGAUUACAAGGUCAAUGUCUAUGAGGCGUCGACCUUGGAUAAACUAUGGUCAAUAUGAUAACAGUUCAGAAGAUGAACCCGAUCAUGGAAAGCUCAAUCAAGUAACUGCAAGAUGGCGUCCAGAAGAGGCAUGUCGGCCAGAUAUUGAGGAUGUACCUGUGUUCUACCCAACAGACGAGGAGUUUGAAGAUACUUUGAAGUAUAUAGCCAGCAUACGACCAAGAGCAGAACAAUAUGGAAUCUGUCGCAUUGUUCCUCCAUCUUCUUGGAAGCCUCCUUGUCCUCUUAAAGAAAAGAAUAUGUGGGAAAAUUCUAGAUUUGCUACUCGUGUGCAGAGGGUUGAUAAGCUUCAGAAUCGUGAUCCGAUGAGAAAAAUGUCAGAAGCCAAUAACAAUAUCAGGAGGAAAAGGAGAAGAUGCAUGAGAAUGGCUAUAGACUGUGGGCCUGAUAGUGGAAGCAUCUCAGAGUCUGAUGCUGGACUUUCUGAACUGGAGGGGUUUGGUUUUGAAGUUGGCCCUGAGUUUACUCUGGAUAGAUUUCAGAAAUAUGCAGAUAAUUUCAAGACCCAAUACUUUAGGUUGAAGGAAAAUGAUGUAAAUAUGGAAGGUAAAAUGACCAUUCUUCAAGAUCACCAUGAGCCUUCAAUUCAGAAUAUUGAAGGUGAAUACUGGAGGAUAGUGGAGAAAGCGACCGAGGAAAUAGAGGUCUUAUAUGGGGCUGAUCUGGAAACUGGAGUUUUUGGUAGUGGAUUCCAUAAGAAGCUAAAUCAAGUUGGACUUGCUUCUGAUGAAAAAUACAUAAAAUCAGGCUGGAACUUAAACAAUUUUCCCAGGCUUUCUGGAUCUGUCCUCUCGUAUGAAAGCAGUGACAUUUCUGGGGUUUUGGUUCCUUGGUUGUAUGUAGGAAUGUGCUUUUCCUCCUUUUGUUGGCAUGUUGAAGAUCACCACCUAUACUCGUUGAAUUACAUGCAUUUGGGUGCUCCAAAAAUUUGGUAUGGUGUCCCAGGAAAGGAUGCUUCUAAAUUGGAGAAGGCUAUGAGAAAGCAUUUGCCUGACCUUUUCGAUGAACAACCUGACCUGCUUCACAAACUGGUCACUCAGUUGUCCCCUUCCAUACUAAAAUCUGAAGGGGUACCUGUCCAUCGAUGUGUUCAGAAUGCGGGAGAGUUUGUUCUGACUUUCCCUAGAGCAUAUCAUGCAGGGUUCAACUCAGGUUUCAAUUGUGCAGAGGCAGUAAAUGUAGGUCCUGUUGAUUGGUUGCCCCAUGGACAGAUUGCUAUCGAGCUAUACCGUGAACAAGGAAGAAAAACUUCCAUCUCGCAUGACAAACUAUUGCUUGGAGCAGCAAGGGAAGCAGUCAAAGCUCACUGGGAGCUCAAUUUCGUGAAAAACUAUACUUCUGAUAACAUGAGAUGGAAAGAUGUGUGCGGAAAGAAUGGAGUCUUAUCUAAAACUCUCAAGGCACGUGUUGAGAUGGAGCGUUUAGCAAGGGAAUUUCUUUGCAGUUCCUCUCAGGCUGUGAAAAUGGACAGAAACUUUGAUGCUACUAGCGAAAGAGAGUGUUGUAUAUGUUUUUUUGAUUUGCACCUCUCUGCAGCGGGUUGUCGCUGUUCCCCUGAUAGAUAUGCAUGCCUCAAUCAUGCAAAGCACCUCUGCUCAUGUGCUAGGGAUGCCAAAUUUUUCCUCUUUCGUUACGAUAUAAAUGAAUUAAAUAUCCUUGUUGAGGCCUUAGAAGGAAAACUAAGUGCAAUCUAUAGGUGGGCAAGACUAGACCUUGGAAUGGCUCUGAGUUCAUACGCCUCCAAAGACAAUAUAAUGGAAGGAAUACCUAAAGAGGUGCAGUCAAAACCAUCGGUCGAUUCCUUCAAAGAUUUGCAAGGAGAAGAGAUGUUGAAAGAGAAGCCUUUGAUUUUAACUCUGAUAUCUAAUCCGAUGUUAUCACACCAAAGAGAUGAAGUAUCAGAGGCUGCGUUACCAUCAAAUGAUCCGAACUCUAAGUUGAAGAAAGAGGAUGUGAUUCUUUUUGGUUCAGACUUAAGCAUGCAUGGAGGCCAAACUGCCAUGGAAAGUAAAGUGAAAAAGCCUGUAGCUCCAGUGGGUGAUAAUAUUAAUCUUCUUAGCUAUGAUGAACCAAAGAAACCAGUUUUAGAAAGACCAACAGAACAUUUUGUUGCUAAGCAGUCAGAAGCCUCAACAAGAUGUACUGAAAACUUGAGUCCAUAUACUUGCAACAAUGAGCCUAUAACUGAUGCCAGUUCACCUGAUUUACAAAGGAAUGGUUGUUCAUUUCAAUAUUUACAAGGGAAAGAGGAGCAUACUGGAAAUGGCAUCACAUUGCUAGGAUCUAAUGACCUGGAAAGCAACCAUCAGGAACUGCUACUGUUGGGCAGUGAAAAAGCUAACAAGGAGAAACAUGAGAAUGUAGGAGCUAUUGCCUCUUUAAGUUCAGUUGAUAAUGCAAGAAGUAAUGUAGGAGCUCCAACUUGCUCACAAAAUAAUCUAGACAGAAAUUUCCGGCAGAAAGGUCCUCGAAUUGCCAAGGUAGUGCGUAGAAUCAACUGUAAUGUUGAGCCUCUGAAGUUCGGAGUUGCGCUCUCUGGGAAGUUAUGGUGUAACAGCCAGGCCAUUUUCCCUAAAGGAUUUAAGAGCCGCGUUAGGUAUAUAAGUGUUUUAGAUCCAACAAAUAUGGCAUACUAUGUCUCAGAAAUUCUGGAUGCUGGGAGGGAUGGACCUUUGUUCAUGGUGUCUGUGGAGCAUUGUCCCAAUGAAGUAUUCAUUCAUGUUUCAGCUACCAGAUGCUGGGAGAUGGUGAGGGAGCAAGUGAAUCAAGAGAUCACAAAGCAGCACAGACUAGGAAGAACCAACCUCCCACCAUUGCAACCUCCCGGAAGCCUUGAUGGCUUUGAAAUGUUUGGUUUUUCAUCACCAGAAAUUGUGCAGGCUAUUGAGGCAAUGGAUCUAAAUCGAGUUUGUAUGGAGUAUUGGGACUGUCGGCCAUACUCACGGCCUCAAGUGCAGAUUCCACAACAUUUUCAGCCUCCUGGUAAUGGUGGGAACUUAGAAACAACAUCUGGGGAACAAAAUGCAGGGGCUUAUCAGAAUAACUGCUUGCCUGAUGGAGUUGACGCACUACUCGGAAGACUAUUCAAGAAAGCCAACUCAGCAGAACUACAUUCACUUUAUAGUAUUUUAAGUGAUAAAAGACCACCCAUGGGUAUAGACCUCGUAGCUCGACUCCUUAACGAAGAGAUUCACAGUCGUGGAUGAUUGAAAUUCUUUGGUCAUGCAGAUUCUUAAAUACCAACAUCCUGUUUUCAUGCAACUUGCCCGCAAUUAUUCAAUCCGUCAUUUUUUGUUUUGAAUUGGAGAAGAUUGAAGACAGUAGGUUAGUUAUUUUACUGUCGGAUUUUUUGCAUGCGGAUCGAUGCUCCGAUUGGCUUCCGGCCCUGAGUUGGGCGGGACAUUGGUAGUUUGGUUUCAUACCAUUCUCAUUAAAAAACAGAGCUAAUUGUAACUGAAUUUUAUCUAUUAUAUUUGAACAAUUUGAUAAA